AUGGCCUGUUCCCCGACGACAGCUCAAGUCGGAGGCCUGGGUAUUGUAUGUUAUCAGAGACCCGUUGUCGGGGCUCGCACCAAGCGGGGCGAGGUAGAGAGCAAUUGCCACUUCGAGUAUGCCCUCUCGGACUCUAGGAACUGUGGCAUAACUCUGCACUACUUCGCAAGUGGCUUUGUCACUGGGGCUGCAAAUGCUAUCUUCUUCGACGUGCUUGCGGGCUACCUGAAUGUUUCUGCUGCAGUGAUGCAGGGUGGGCUAAACUUAGCCCAGCUACCGACCGUCUUCUCCAUCGUGCUGGGAGUCCUGAGCGACUCCCGGCCAAUUUGCGGUUGGCGGCGUCGUCCUUACAUGGUUGGAGGUUGGCUCUUGGCUGCCGCUUGCACUUUCUGCCUGAUGGGCUUGGGCCUCCCCGCCCCCUACUAUUGCUUCAGCUCUGAGGAAGACCGGUACCUUUUCGAGCAAGCCCCUUGCAAUCCCCAUGCGGUCGACUUCUACGUGCCCCUUAUGGCUUGCGUCUGCGUUGCGCAGCUGGGCAUCACUGCUGCCGGUGCAGCGGCCAAUGGGCUCAUGGUGGAGUAUGCCAAAGAAGAGGCGGAGGAUCGUCGUGGUCGCGCGCAAACUUUGCUUCAAAUGGUGAGUACUGCCGGAUACUUCGUCUCGGUCACAAUAGUAGCCUUCGGCUUCAACGGGCGUAUGUUUACCGGCAGCUUCAAUCAACGGCACCAGCUAAGCUACCAGGAAGCCAUGGGCAUCGUUGCUGCGAUGUGCACCGUAACUGGGGCUAUGUGCGCUAUCAAGGUGCACGAGCGACCCGGAGGGAGUGCGUCACUUCGCGAAUACUCUCGAUCGUCAUGGCAUCUAUUGGAAAGCAAGGCCUUCUGUGCUGUGGCCCUCUUCUUCUUCGCCAGCUCAAGCAUCUUCAAUAUCAGCACGACUGCGAGAGUGUGGGUGGGGCUAGAAUGGGCAAAGACCGAAAACAUGCAGAGGCAGCUUUCUGGCAUGCUGGGCGCCUGCCUUUUCCUUCUGGGAAGCUUUGUAAUUCAAAGGUGGCUUCUGGGAGCCAGCUGGCGAAAGAUCAUCUUCGUGACGGGCGUCUCAACGACGCUUUUGGAUGCCAUUCCACAGUUCUGCACGAUCUUCGAUGUCCUCCGGAACCAGUAUUUCUACCUUGGUGAGCCAGUCACGAUUAGCGUGCCCCAAGCAAUGUCAGCGCUCGUCACCACGUUCCUGAUCAACGAGCUUGCAGACGACAGUAACUGUGCGCUGGUGGCUGGCCUCAUGGACACCAUUGCAGCAGUGGCACAACGGCUCUCCGUUGUUCUGUCGAACCAAGUCUUCUCCCUGUUUACCCCAAGCCUCUCGGACCGGAUGAACUACAUAAAGGACACGCAGGACUUUCGCUGGACGGCGCGAGAACGCAAGCAGACAUGGUCGAAACGGCCAGUCUUCGCUAUGCUGGCCACGUUCAUACUGGGAGUUACCCUGCUCUACACGCUGAUUGGGGACUUUCUGGUGCUGGAUCCUUCCCUAACUUGCCUGCACUUUCUUGGUGGAGAAGGCUGCUAA